GAGGUAGGGUAUUUUUUCUGCGGUCUUGUCACUUUAAGUACCUAUUUAUUACCCAGAUUCUUUGUAUCUAAUAAUGAUUACUUUGAAAACAUUAUCACGGCGAUUCUGUGGCCAUUUCUCUCAAGACGUUCGAUCUGCUAACACUGGUUGGCGGUGGCAAUGAAAUCCGUUGUUGUGAUUCUAAAUAUAAUUAUUUUAAUUGUCGAAGUGCAGCAUGUGACAAGCGCGGUGACAACGACGGCUGAUCGUAUCAAAGCGGCUGGAUAUGGCAGUGAGACACAUACGAUUUUUACCAAAGAUGGUUAUGGUCUGACGGUGUUUCGCAUAAUUGGCAGGGGAAAUCGGACUACCUCUUCCCCCACUGCCCCUGUAGUGCUAAUGAUGCAUGGCUUGAUGAGCUCCUCCGACUGUUGGGUCUUACAAGGUCUAAAAGAUGGUUUGGCCUAUAAUAUGGUGGAUAGGGGCUAUGAUGUUUGGUUGGGUAAUGCUCGAGGAAAUACCUAUGGCAAACGUCACCGAAAGUUAUCUUUGGAUUCACCGAAAUUUUGGAAUUUUUCCUGGCAUGAAAUUGGAAUUAUUGAUUUACCUACCACCAUGGAUUAUAUACUACAGAAGACCCAACAGCCAAGGCUUCAUUAUGUGGGCCAUUCUCCGGGUACUACUAUUAUGUUCGUUUUACUCUCCAUUCAACCAAAAUAUAGCGAGAAAUUAAAAUCGUUGCAUAUGAUUGCGCCCAUUGCAUAUCUCAAGCACACCCGCUCUCCGGCGGUGCUAACUGCUGUGCCGCUGGUGAGGAUGCAUACACCACUGGAUAACUUGGUUAGUUAUACCACUUCGAGAUACCUACCAAUUGGUGGAAUGCUCUUCAAAACUUGUAUCAAUCCCAGGGCCUCCAGAGAACUGUGUGACGUUUUGACUGCCUUGCUGAAUGGUGGCAUGUCCGAUUACAUACAAAAAUCCAUCUUCCCGGAUGUUUUCAAAACCCAUCCAGCCAGUACCUCAGCUCGUCAAUCGUUUCAUUUUGUCCAGCUGCAUAUUUCAGGACAUUUUCGCCAAUAUGACUUUGGAGCGGAGCUAAAUCUUCAGUAUUACAAUCGAACCACAACGCCAGACUAUGAUGUGCAGAGGAUACAACCCCGUUUCCCCUUUCACUUCUACUACAGUGACUUUGAUGAUUUCUCAACGAAACUCGAUGUUGAGAAAUUCAGUAAAAUUCUGGGAAAUAGAAGUAUUUCACAUUUUAUUAAUUUGAAGAAAUUUGCCCAUUUUGAUUUUAUGUGGGCCCAUAACAUUAAAAAGAUUAUAAAUCCGGUUGUGUUGAAAAUUAUGCAGGAGACGGAGGAGGCAUGGCGAAAUGAAGAGAGAUAACUAGAUUUUAAUUAAAUUUAAGUGAAAAAUACCAAAAAAUAUAUUUAACCUUAAUUUUAUGAGCAAUAACAUCAAA